AUGGAGCGGACACUCCUUUCCCAGGAGACUCUCUCCUAUCCGACAUCAUCAACGCCAUCUUUAUCGUUUCGCACCUCAGACCCGACGGAGGUACAGUUCCCCGUAAACGAGAAGAAACAUGAUGGACAAUUACCGGGGACACAAGCUAGUUCUGCUGCCAACUCGAUAUUAGAGGAUAUCUACGAUCCAAACCGACCGAAGCUUGGAGUCCGCCAGCGAAUGCACCACUUCACAUGGGCGUGGUUUACCCUACCCAUGAGCACUGGUGGAUUAUCACUUCUUAUCUUUGCCCAGACGCAUCAAUUUCCUGGGCUUAGACAGAUCGGUUUAUUCGUGUAUAUCGUCAAUCUUAUCCUAUUCACAACGUUGACCUUUGCCAUGCUAUCGCGGUUCUUCCUUCAUCAUGGUGACUUUUACAAAUCUCUGUCGCAUCCUCGCGAGGGCUUCUUCUUUCCGACAUACUUCUUAUCCAUCGCCACUAUCAUUACCAGUACGCAGCGAUAUGCCAUCCCGGAUAACGAUACGCCGCUCGUGUGGGCUAUUCAGCUCGCUUUCUGGGGCUAUGUCGUUAUUACCCUAAUAGUGGCUAUCGGACAAUACAGCUUCGUGUUUGCGGCUCACAACUUCGGCUUACAGACGAUGAUGCCAACAUGGAUACUCCCGAUCUUCCCUAUCAUGCUGUCGGGAACUAUCGCCUCGGUCAUCUCAGAUACUCAACCCGAAAUCUCAGCUAUACCCAUUCUGAUCGCUGGUAUGAGCUGUCAAGGCCUAGGACUCUUCGUUGCAAUUAUGAUGUACGCUCAUAUGAUUGGACGUCUGAUGUCAGCCGGUCUUCCUAACCGCGAGCACCGACCUGGUCUAUUCAUGAAUGUGGGACCCCCGGCUUUCACUGCCCUUGCAUUUAUCGGUAUGUCGAAUGGUCUUCCCGAUACCUUCGAUAGGGAGAUGGACGGGUUCAUCGACGUACACUUGAUUAGGACUUUUGCUAUAAUUGGGGCCAUCUUCCUAUGGGCGUUGUCUCUCUGGUGGUUCGGUAUCGCAUUGAUUGCUGUAAUAUGCUCGCCCCCUAAAUAUUUCCACUUGGGAUGGUGGGCAAUGGUCUUCCCUAACACCGGUUUCAUCUUGGCGACUAUUUCAAUCUCCAACGAGUUCGGGAACGAGACGGUGAAAUGGGUGACGACGGCGAUGUCCAUCUGCUUGUUGGCCACGUAUCUCUUCGUCCUCUAUAGUCAUGUGAGGGCGGUAAUUGUUCAGGACAUUAUGUACCCUGGACGGGACGAGGAUGUCGAAGAUCAUUAA